AUGCUGCAUUCAAGGAAUGGCUCAAUAAGCUCGUCAAUCGCUUCGGUUUCAAAUUAUAACCAUCCUCAGAAUAUUGGACCCUGGAAAUUGGGGAAAACGUUGGGUAGAGGUGCUACCGGUAGAGUAUUAUUAGCUACGCACCAAAUAACUGGCCAGAAAGCCGCCGUCAAAGUCGUAUCGAAAUCAGACUUACAAGAUGACGCAAAUGGCAAUAAUAACGUUUCUAAAAAAAACGGUGGUGAAGGAUUACCCUAUGGUAUCGAACGUGAAAUCAUUAUAAUGAAACUUUUAAAUCAUCCAAACGUGCUCAGACUAUACGACGUGUGGGAAACUUCAAAAGCUCUUUAUCUCGUAUUGGAAUAUGUCGAAGGUGGUGAGUUAUUUGAUUUGUUAGUAGAAAGAGGUCCUUUACAAGAACCAGAAGCUAUAAAAUAUUUCCGACAAAUAAUACUAGGUACCGCUUAUUGUCACGCUUUAGGGAUAUGUCAUCGAGAUUUAAAGCCAGAAAAUUUAUUGCUAGAUGCACAAUUGAAUGUAAAAUUGGCAGAUUUCGGUAUGGCGGCAUUGGAAAGCAAUGGGAAAUUGUUGGAAACUUCUUGUGGGUCGCCUCAUUAUGCCGCCCCUGAAAUAGUUAGUGGCUUGAAAUACCAUGGUGCCGCUUCAGACGUGUGGUCAUGCGGGGUUAUAUUAUUUGCUCUUUUAACAGGAAGAUUGCCAUUUGAUGAUGAAAAUAUUAGAAACUUGUUGUUAAAAGUACAAGCUGGAAAUUACGAAAUGCCCGUUAAUGAAUUGAGUCAAUAUGCACAAGACUUGAUUGUCAAAAUGUUAAAUGUAGAUCCAGCGAAAAGAAUCACUACAGCAAAAAUACUCAAGCAUCCAUUAUUGACCAAAUAUCCAAUUCCCAAUGAGGAUUUAAUUAGCGAAAAAUCAUUGCCUCAUCCUGAAACUGCCUAUAAAUCACUCGGUUCUGUGAAAAAUAUAGAUAAGCAAAUUUUAUCAAACUUGUCGAUUUUAUGGAAUGACCGAUCAGAAGAAGAAAUUGUUAAUGCUCUUUUGCAAAAUGGUUCAAAUCCCGAAAAGACUUUUUACGCUUUGUUAAUGAGAUAUAGACAUUCAAGUGAUGAGGUAACGACUAACGCAAUUAACGAAACAAAAAGAUCACAUAGUUUCAAUAAUAAAAUGCCCAGAAGCGGAUCUAUUGGGAAAUCAAAUACACCAAAGAAAAAACGUGCUAGUCAAAUUAGUGUUUCAAGACCAACUUCUUUCCAAUAUAGAAAUGCUCCAAGUGCAAAUGGUGGUAUUGGUAUUGGUACCGGUGUUGUUGGUAAUAGAAAUACUCAUCAUUUGCGAAUGUCUGCUGCUUCUUCGGCAAACAAUUCUCCAAGAAAAUCUCCAAGAAAAUCUCCAAGAAAAUCCCCCAGAAAGAGAGCCUCUUUAGCUCAUUCACCAGCAGCAGCAGCGACGGCGAAUAAAUCGAGGCAAAUGCAGGACAAUUACGCUUUCAAAGCCAUUCCAAGAAACAUCUACAACGAAAUUGUUGAUGCACAAAGUAAGCAAUCAAUACCUCCUUCAUUGCCAUCUAAAGAUUCAUUCUAUAUAGAUAAACCAAUGGGCUUACCUAAAGUGGCGGAAAAUCCAAUUGUUGAUGAAUCGCCAAAUUUGAUGCAAUCAGUAAAACUUUCGCCAUCAAAGCGCUCCUCAGUAUUGGUUCCUGUAAAAAAUAACAACAAAAGACGAUCAAAAAGACAAUCAAUGAUGGCAUCAAUGAGAAAUUCUAUAACAAUGAAAUUGUUGUCCACUUAUGCAAAGUUAUCCGGUGAAGAUGAUUGGGAAUAUAUGGACAAACAAACAAAAAGAACUUCGGCAACUUUUGCAGCAUUGUGUGACAAAAUUUUCAAUCAAGAAGAGUACGAUGCCAAUGAGGAGCAACUAGUUGAUCCUGAGGAAUUGGAGGCUAGAGAAUACGAAAGAUUGAUGGAAAUAGAAAGAAAGAAACAUGAGGCUGAACUAAAGGCUAGAAAGGAGUUGCAAAAAAAGAAAAAACGACAAAAUCGAAAGUCACUUUUGAGCUCUAGAAAGUUGAGCAUUAUAGUUAAAAACGAUAGUGAUCCAAGUAAUGGUGGUGACCAAAAUAUAACGGCAGACAGAGAAUCUCAACAAAUGCAAAAACGUCAAUCAAAGAAUGUGGGGGCAUUAAGAGCGCUUUCUGAAGGUGAGGGUGUUCAAGCUUCAGCUUCGGAUGAGUUGACUCUUGAAGAAGUGAGAAAGCUCAAAAGAAGAUCAGCUAGUCAACCAUUAAUGUCAAGGAGAAGACAAACUCCAGUUUUAACGAGACGACCAGUAUCGAAAUUGGAUCCCUUGUAUCAAGCUCAUCAUAAUGAGCAAAUUGAACGAGCGCAAGAUGCUUUGGAACAUGAAUGGAGAGAUCAGCAAAGAAGAAGGAGUGGUGGUGGUGGUGACAGUGGUGACAGUGGUGGUGAUGAUGACAAGAAAGCUAGCACCAAGAAGAAAAUUAAUAAGGAAUCUAUGAUUUCUGUGAUGGAUGAUAUUAUAGAGGAAGGGGAUUUUGAAAGCAAGAUGAAGAAAAGAACGUCAAAAGAUAGCUAUUAUAAUAGAAAUGGUGCUUUCAAAUUGCCUGAACCAGAAGUUGAUGAAUCUAAUCUUACCGAUGACUACAUGAGUGAGAUACGCAAAUCAAGAUUACUCAACAGCCAAUUGAAUCUUAAAAAUGAAACCACCAAGUCCAACGACACAGGACCCAAGACCUUGAUUGGCGGUGUUAAAAUUCCAAACGUUACAAGAAAGUCAAGAAACUUUACCAACUCGAAUAAGAGAUUAUCGGUUCUUUCCAUUUAUUCGACAAAGGAAUCCUACCGGGACUUGAACUCAAUUAUUGAAUCACAUGUGUCUGAGGAAUAUGAUAACCAUGUUACAGUUCCAGGUUUACGCACUAGUUUUGCUGAUAGACUAGAUAAAGUUGGAUUACCUGAAGAAGAUGAAAAUGAAUAUGAGGAUGGUGAAUACGAAAACCAUUCGGUUAUGGAUUUUGAUGAACAUUUGGCUAAAAAGAGAAACUCAUAUUUUGACUCUAUGAAUGAAAAUAGAGGAGCUUCUCGAGCCUCUACUACAAAAAGGUAUGGUGGUGGCGGCGGUGCAGGCGUAAGACCUGCUUCAAAAGUACCUGCUUUACCUACAGAUGAGCAAGAUGAUACGUUUGUCAGUAGAAAUGAUGUUCUCGGUAAUAAGGGUCAUUAUAAAUCGAUGUUAUCCGACACUUCUAGCGUAACAGAUGAUGUUUUUGACAAGAUCAAAUUACCAGAUGGCAAAUCCACAAAGUCUUCUAUUGACGCACUAGCUAAUGGAACAUCAGCCACUGGUCAUAAGAAUUUCAAGACAAGACUGUCGAUGCCUGGUCCGGAGAUGUUAGUGCCCAAUCUAAAUACUGGUAUGCAAGGUUUCUCCUCUCAACCAAUGUCGAAAGUGCGUGAUACUAACAAGUCGCACCUUCCAGCACCCCCUCCACAUCAUAUACCAACAAAAAAACCAUUGAAUGAUAAAACGAAUCAUCACACCGAAACAAAUCAAAAGUCAAGAAAAGGUUCAUUCUUUAGGAAGUUUUCAUGGGGAAACAAGAAAUCGACAGAUCCAGGUGUACAUGUUAAUGAUCAGCUUCCUACACCAUCUGAAUCCGAUGAUGAAAAAUACAAGCAUUCAUUUUUCACUUGGUUUUCAUCAUCCUCUCAUUCUCCUACGCCAUCUGAGAUACGCAAAUUCAACACCAUUUUACCAAGGGAUGAGAUGUCAUCUGCAUUAGUUGCCUUAUUAAAUUCAUGGGCCAACUUUGGUUUAAAAGAUUUGAAAAACGAUCCAUAUAGUUAUACCAUAACAGGUUCGAUUUCCAAAAACAAUUCAUUUGAUUUGAAAAGUUGCAAGUUUAGAAUAAGGGUUGUGCCCAAGGACAUGAAUCAGAAAUCAGAAAUCAUAUGUGCCAGAGUUAAAGGUUCGAAAGUUACCACAGAUACUUUGUUCAGCGAAAUUGAAAAGGUGCUACAAAAGGAAGGUGUUAUAGAUGAGUAA